GACGACCGUGGGGCAGCCCCUGGCUUCAACUAUCUCGUUUGAUCCAGAGAACCACAGCACCUCCCAUCCCACGAGAACGGGACUGAGACGCGACUUGCUCGGCCAACACCAUGUCGGACGAGAAGGUCGCAAAGGUCGACGAGGGCGCCCUGCCCACGUACGGCGGCAAGUCCGAAGAUGUCGGCGCCGUCGACCACGCCGCCCCCCAGCGCGAGGAGAACUGGUACACUCGCAAUGGCCUCAACUUCGAGUCGUUCAAGAAGCGCAGCAUGGGCGAGAGCAUUGUCGAGCUCGACCGCACCAUGAAGGCGCGCCAUCUGCACAUGAUUGCCAUCGGCGGUUCCAUCGGUGCCGGUUUCUUCGUCGGUUCCGGUUCAGCCCUGACCAAGGGUGGUCCCGGAUCUCUCAUCAUCGACUUCGCCAUCAUCGGUAUCAUGAUGUUCAACGUCGUCUACGCUCUCGGUGAACUCGCUGUUAUGUACCCCGUCUCCGGUUCCUUCUACACGUACUCGGUCCGCUUCAUCGAUCCUUCCUGGGGUUUCGCCAUGGGCUGGAACUACGUCCUGCAGUGGGCUUGCGUUCUUCCUCUCGAGCUUUCCGUCUGCGGUCUCACUCUCGGUUACUGGCCCGCAACGAAGAACGUAUCGUUGGCCGUCUGGAUCAUCGUCUUCUGGGUUGCCAUCGUCAUCAUAAACAUGUUCGGAACUCUUGGAUACGCCGAGGAGGAGUUCUGGUCCUCCGUGCUCAAGCUCAGUGCCAUCGUCAUCUUCAUGAUCAUCGCCGUCGUCCUCGUCUGCGGUGGUGGCCCUGCUGGCGGUAACUACGACCAAUACCACGGCACUCGCUACUGGGAAAACCCUGGCGCGUUCCAGAACGGCUUCAGGGGUUUCUGCGGUGUCUUCGUCACUGCUGCCUUCUCCUUCUCCGGUACUGAGCUGGUUGGUCUGGCUGCCGCCGAGGCCAAGAACCCUGUUCGCGCCCUGCCCGGUGCUAUCAAGCAGGUUUUCUGGCGUAUCACUCUCUUCUACAUCCUCGGCCUAUUCUUCGUCGGUCUGCUUAUCUCGUCCAAGGACGAACUGCUCCUGAACGCCUCGGACCCGUACGCUGAGGGCACCUCGCCUUUCGUGCUGGCGGGCAAGUACGCCGGCCUGGUUGGCUACGACCACUUCAUGAACGUCAUCAUCCUGGUCUCGGUCCUGUCGAUCGGCGUUUCAUGCGUUUACGGCGGCUCCCGCACCCUUACCGCCCUUGCCCAGCAGGGUUACGCCCCUCGCGUUUUCACCUACGUCGACAAGUCCGGCCGCCCCCUCUACUCGGUCCUGGUCCACAUCGCCUGUGGUGCCCUGGCCUUCCUGACCCUCAACAAGGGUGCCAACGCCGUAUUCCAGUGGCUCCUGUCCCUUUCCGGUCUGGCCGCCCUGUUCACCUGGGGCUCCAUCUGCCUUGCCCACAUCCGUUUCCGUGCUGCCUGGAAGCACAACGGCCGCACUCUUGACGAGAUCCCCUUCAAGGCUUUCUUUGGUGUCUACGGCUCUUGGGUCGGCCUCAUCCUUUGCGUUCUGGUCCUGAUUGCCUCGCUCUACAGCGCCAUCUGCCCCGUCGGCAGUGACUUCAACGACGCCGAGGGCUUCUUCAAGGAGUGGCUCACCGUCCCCGUCAUCCUCUUCUUCUGGCUCUGCGGCUACCUGUGGAAGCGCGAGGGCGGUCUCAGGAUCGACCAGAUCGACAUCGACACUGGCCGCCGUGAGCUCGACUGGGACGAGAUCAACGCCUUCAAGGCGGAGCUCGCCGCCAUGCCCGCCUGGAAGCGCAACCUCAGGAAGAUCUUCUACUAGAGCGGCGCGUCACGCGCUCUCCCAUCUUUGUGGUUCUCGGGCCGUCCACCGCUGGUCCCCCAGCAUUCGGCCUCAAGCCGCUUUGUUUUGGAGACGCAUCGACCGUCCUUUGUCUGAUCUUGUCUCUGCUUCGUCUGACUUUUCGCUGGCAUCAGCCAUUUGUUGCGUGCACCGCGGUCACCUUUGUGGGGUCGACCCAGGGUCACACUCUCCUUUAUACAUAUACCACUCUCUCGUAUAAUAUUAUACACAAUAUUACAUCGUUGUAGACAACUGCUACC